AUGUGGUUCUUCUGGGGAAAUAAAUGCACUGCACUUUUCCUGUCAAUAUUUUCAUUCCUACUUUAUGAGUCUCAGGACAACAUUUACCAGCAGCAAGUACAGCAAGAGCCACCGGCGUAUGAUUUCAUUAUUAUAGGAGCAGGAUCAGCAGGAUGCGUAGUUGCAAACAGACUCUCAGAAAUCAGCGAAUGGAAUGUACUUUUAUUGGAAGCUGGAAGAGAGGAACCAGAAGCUGCCGAUAUACCAGGAUUCGUGGUAGAUAUUGAAAAAACUGACAUUGAUUGGAACUAUAAAACUCAGCCAGAACCAAGUGCAUGUUUAUUAGAAAAAGGAUGUGUCUGGCCGCGUGGCAAAGUAAUGGGAGGAUCAAGUACAUUAAACUUCAUGUUGUACGUUAGAGCAAGUCCAGACGAUUAUGAUCAUUGGCAAGAAUCGGGAAAUCUUGGUUGGAGUUACAGAGACGUGUUGCCGUACUUUAAAAAAUCGGAAGAUAACCAUGAUCAGGAUAUUCUGAAUGCAAAUCCCAUGUAUCAUCAAACUGGAGGAUAUUUAUCUGUAGAAAGGUUUCCCUAUACCACACCAGAUGCAAAAAUUAUUUUACAAGGACUUCAAGAAUUUGGAUUUAAAAAUAUAGACAUUAAUGCGGAGUCACAGUUAGGAGCCAUGCAUUUGCAGACAACAUCAUAUAAUGGAUCUCGGGGAAGUACAAACAAAGCUUUUCUGCGGCCAAUUAGAGGCAAAAGGUCUAAUUUGUUUAUAAAGACCAGAACUUUUGUAACAAGGAUUUUGAUUGAUCGACGCACAAAAACAGCGAUCGGUGUUGAGUAUACAGAUACUGUCACAGGUCAAAGUAGGACAGUAAUGGCAAAGAAAGAAGUGAUUGUAUCUGCAGGUGCUAUAAAUUCUCCAAAGUUACUAAUGCUUUCUGGAAUAGGCCCAUCUUAUGAGCUUCAGAAACAUGGUAUCCAUGUAAUACAAAAUUUAGCUGUCGGUCAUAAUCUUCAAGAUCACGUGACUGUCAAGGGAAUACCUUGCCAGGUCAGAGACAGAAGUACUAUUUGCCCACAAAGGCUAGAUGAUUUGAAUUAUUAUCUCUCAACGCAUAGAGGUCCAUAUUCUACAACAGGUGUCUCUGCGAUGACUGCAUUUUUUAAAACAAGGUAUGAAACAAGUCCGAUAGCACCGGAUUUACAAUUGCAGUUUGUAGCUGAUGCCAAUAAUGUUGUUUACUACAAACAAUUUUUUAUCUGGCCUACUCUAUUAAAACCGAAAAGUAAAGGAUUUGUCAAACUCAAUGACACUGAUCCAAUCUGGGGUGCACCUGUAAUUCAAGCAAGAUAUUUCACAGCGGAUUUAGACAUGAAAGUAAUGCUUGAAGGUGUCCGAAUUAGCCUCGGAUUAUUUAAUACCCCAGCGUUUAGGCAGAAUAACUUCAAGCUCAAUGAAACGCCUUUGCCUGCUUGUGCUGCAUUCCAAUUCAAUACUGAAGCAUAUUGGAUAUGUGCAAUAAGACAAUAUACUCAAACCUUAUAUCAUCCUGCUGGGACUUGCAAAAUGGGUCCUAACGAAGAUCCAGAAGCGGUUGUUGAUCCUACAUUACGUGUUCGUGGUAUUAAAAAUUUACGAGUAAUUGAUGCUUCUGUCAUGCCGGAUAUUGUUAGAGGAAACACUAAUGCUCCUGUUAUUAUGAUUGCCGAAAAGGCGAGUGAUAUGGUAAAAGGAUAUUGGUAUAAACAUAAAUAUGCUUGGUGA